CUGUUAAUAUGAAACAAUGCCUAAAUAAAUCUGUGUAUUUUUAAAGUAAAUACUAGCCUGUAACUAGAUAAUAAAGUUUGUUUUGUCUCCUCCUCCAGUCAGCAGCAGUUUCCGGUUGUGUGUGAGAGACGUUGUGUGUUUUUCCCCUGGUUGUGAGUCUGAAAACACGCAGAGAUGCCUCUCGCAAAGGACCUGCUGUCCCCCAGUCCUGAGGAGGAGAAGAGGAGACACAAGAAGAAACGUCUUGUUCAGAGUCCUAAUUCUUAUUUUAUGGAUGUUAAAUGUCCAGGUUGCUACAAGAUCACCACGGUGUUCAGUCACGCUCAGACUGUGGUUCUGUGUGUCGGCUGUUCCACGGUUCUGUGUCAGCCCACGGGAGGAAAGGCUCGCCUGACAGAAGGAUGCUCCUUCAGGAGAAAACAGCACUAGCUCAAUCCUGACACUCGGUGGGAGAAGUUUGAUGCAUGUCAGUCGACUGCCAAAGCUGCGACGCAGCGAAGAGAAGAACGAAUCAUGGACAAGUCAUCUGUAAAGUUUCCACGAAGAAGCCCCGCCCCCCUGGCCUCGCCGACACCCCAGUUAUCUUUUUAUUGUUCUCUCUAAAUAAACUUGGGGUUCUUGUGAUGAAUUUAUCUCAACAUGCUUUGUCAUCCGGUUUCUUGCUCUUUAUCUCUUUUGUCUGGUAAAAUACUUCAUCAUCUUACAAACUGUUUAUAAUAAGAGAUGUUUAAUUAGGAGCUGAAAAUCAGGAUUAUUUCGGUAAAUGUUCUGAGACGCUGCUUACAGCACAACAAAUUUAUGAAAAUUGUAUUUAAAGAAACUAGGAGUUAAGGAAAUAAAGCUGAAAUCAAUCAUAAUCAGCUGCACAGUUUUUCAAUAAUUCUAACAUUUUCCAGCUCUACAGUUAAGUCAGUUUUGUAUUUUUGUAGAUCGAUCACUAAUUCAGAGGUUUUCUUCUCUGAGCUGAUUUAAGAGAGGAUUAAACUCUGCACACCAGAGGGACGUGUGACUGAGGAGUAAUUGUGGAAAUGAUGGUUCAAAUGAUGUCACAAAUAAAACCGAGUGAAGCUCGAGUUUUGUGACCUACAGGCACUUUUUGUUGUUGUUUUGGGAACCUGUUGGUUUUAUUGCACCAAUGUUUAUUUCUGACAGGUGGACAGAUUGAUCAGUAGAGGUGAUUAAAUAACUUGAUGUUUCUAUAAUUAUGAGUUUUGUUGUGGCUUGCUUGUGUUUUGGACACAACUUGCUAAUAAAAUGACAGUUAACAGGAAA